UGGUAACUAUGAAAGGGAUUAUUGAAGGAAUUUCGCUGUUUGCAAAGUUUUGUGUCGAGUGCAAGAUACCGUACAGAUACCAGGAGUAUUCAGCUGGUGUUCACAAUUUUAAUGACAACUGGCUUUUAAGUUUGGGAAUAUGUGAUAUGAUCAGAAAACAUCUUCAGGUUCACAACGCUGUCAGUCGCACUGUUGAGGCAAUUGAAAACUGGCUGCAGUUGCGACCAUUUCAGUUACCACGUGGUCAAAUGAUGAACGCGUAUCUUCACUUUGAAGCUCUCUCAGAUCAUGACUAUGGGUUUUCUUGUGUUUUGUGUGGACACUUUCCUCCCCUGUUAACUCUAGAUGUAGACAAGAAAGGAAUCUUUGAACUAGCGGUUAGUGAACUUCAGUUGCCAGACCCCGAAUCCGAUGCUCCUGCAGAUGAAGUGGACGCUGAAAAGUACUGGCAACAAGUGAACUGUGGGAUCUUAUACAGAGGAGUAUUGAGAGGUACUGAAAAAAACCCUUUAGAAAUCAAGCCUUCAUAUAAGUUUUGGGCCCCAUAUAUUGGCCCAAAAUGCAGAAGAGGAAGGAAACUUUUUAAUACCGAAUACAUGAAAGCGUAUCAUAAACAAAACCUAACAUCAGCUGGGGCUACAUCUGAUGAAUGUUCAAUUGAAAAGCUCAUGGAUUUGUUCUGUGAAGGAAAAGUGCGUAUUGCUACUUCAUGGAGCGAUUGGCAACUCAUUUUAGUAAUGAGAAAUUAAACCAACGUAUCAUUAAUACUCAUCGCAAGCAGUUUGGAAUGGCUAUGAGUUUUAACUCCUUCGGUCAACUUAUAAGUAGAAAUGAAGAUGAUGGGACCGAGCAGGCAUCACAACCAAAACGCGUCCGUUUGUCGACUGAAAGUCUUUCAACAGCUAACAGACCUGCCACAAGUAGCACUGGAACACUAAAUGAUGCUUGUGAUGAGUUGACACACGUUGCUGAGAAAAUGAAUCCCUCAGCUACAAGCAGCUACGACCUUGUUAUAGACUAGUUGUGACCUCGUCAGUCGUCAUCAAAGCUUAAGUGAUAUUUGACAUAAAGGAAGCUCAAUUUCUGUUUGGUUGUUCACAGCUUGGCAAAGAACAUUGUAACAAGUCGAAUUCCAAAGUCGAAUUCCAUUACCAUCUGUAGAUCUAAUUUCAAUAUAUAUACUUAUUCAUAUAGAACUGAUGUCCAAUGCCUGAACACUAAAUUCAAAUUUCUUUCAAGCAUUUCAUCAAAUUUUCUCAAAUUCUUAUAUAAUUCAUAAAACAUCUAAUUAUACCUAAUGUGAAAAUUUUAUGUAAAAUAAAGACGUCCUUCGAUGUGAACUGAUAUCCUUAUACUAUAUUAUAUACUAUAUAUAGUAUACAUACGCAUAGAUAGCCAAUGCCUAAAUAGAAUCUUAAGUUCUUUGAAGCACUUCACCAAAUUUUCUCAAAUUCUUAUAUAAUUCAUAAAACUUCUAAUUAUGCCUAAUGUGAAAAUUUUAUAUAAAAUAAAGACGUCCUUCGAUGUGAACUGAUAUCCUUAUACUAUAUUAUAUACUAUAUAUAGUAUAUAUACAUACGUAUAGAUAGCCAAUGCCUAAAUAGAAUCUUAAGUUCUUUGAAGCAUUUCAUCAAAUUUUCUCAAAUUCUUAUAUAAUUCAUAAAACUUCUAAUCAUA